AUGAUCAAAAAUGGUCGCAGCACAAGACUAACGAGAAAUCCAGUCGCAAACAACUUCUGGGGCAAGGAAGAUGCGGGCGUCGACCCAUUGCUCGAACGCAUGCACAAUGCCAAAAUCACCAGCGACGAACUCAAGUCUUUCUACACCCAACGGGCCGCCAUCGAAGAAGAAUACUCCCGCAAGAUCCUCAACCUCGCCCGGAAACCACUGGGCUCCUCCGAGGCCGGCACCUUGCGCAUGUCCAUGGAUGUCCUUCGUGGAGAGCUAGAGGCCAUGGGCAAGUCACACCAACACAUCGCGCAGCAGAUGAAGGGCGAGCUUGAAGAACCACUCUCGACUUUCUCCGGCGGCAUCAAGGAGCGUCGCAAGAUCAUCCAGAACGGCAUUGAAAAGCUCCUAAAAACGAAGACACAACAAACACACACGGUCAACAAGGCUCGCGAUCGCUACGAGCAAGACUGUCUCAAGAUCAAGGGCUAUCUCGCCCAAGGCCACAUGGUCAUGGGUCAGGAAGAGCGCAAGAACAAGGCCAAGCUCGAGAAGACGCAGAUCCAGAUGUCGGCAACCAGCAGCGAAUACGAGCAAGCUGUCAAGGUCCUCGAAGAGACAACUGCCCGCUGGAACCGCGAAUGGAAGGCCGCCUGCGACAAGUUUCAGGACCUCGAGGAAGAACGCCUUGACUUCACAAAAAGUAGUCUAUGGAGCUUCGCUAACAUCUCGUCCACUGUCUGUGUCAGCGAUGACGCCUCCUGCGAGAAGAUUCGCCUGUCUCUCGAGGACUGCGAUGUUGAGAAGGACAUUACUGCUUUCAUCAAGGAUAGCGGUACAGGCCAGGAGAUCCCUGAUCCGCCCAAGUACAUCAACUUCUGCCGUGGUGAUAUCAACGACAAUGCUUCUGAUGUCUCGGACGACGCCAAUUACUCGGUCGCCCAAUUCCAAAGAACCAUGAAUCCUGCAUUCCGCUCAUCUUCGCCACAGCCCUCAACCUACUCAUCUCACCACGAUCCUGCAUCUACCCUGGCCCAGGAAUUGGCUCUCGGUUCGUCAGUAAACUCGGAAAGAUCUCAGCUAUCCCAAAGAUCUCAGCAGUCUACUGCUGGUGCCCCGCCACCACGCCGCUCUAGUCAGCAAGCUGUGCCAACUAAUGCCUACCAAGAGUUCCCCAAGGUGCCUCACAACGAAUACCCUAUGGAUGGCAUGACUCAAUUCUGCAGACUUGGCCCUCCAUCUGAUCGCAGCUCCAUCCCUAGUCCCACGCGCCCAGAGGAUGAUUCGCACAGUGAGAUCUCCAAUGCAAACUCCUUCUCAAGCGUGGAACCUCCGACUUCUCCCAUGAAGCAACUCAACGGGUCCACAGUCUCCACUAGCAGUCAACAGGAUGACAAGACGCUACAAAAGAGACGAAGUGGCUUCUUUCAAAACCACAGUCCCUUCGGACGUCGUAAGAGCAAGCACGAAAACGUGGCUCCUGCUUCAAUCUCGGCCGGUCCGGCUCAGCGUAACACCUGGGCACCCGCUGCCAGACCACAGACUGCAUCUUCUCCAGCCCGUCCCUUCGGACGUGAGGCCAAGAAUGUUGGCUUUGGCAAUGAUCCCAUGCCUAGUCCUGAUCCAGAGCCCGUUGAUCCUCGUGCCAACUUCCAACUGAACAUCGGCAACAAUGUCUUUGACGUUGCAACACCCGAUGCUAGGAAGAAAUCGGUCGCUGCAGAAGAGCCUAGUGGAGAGCUUGAUCCUAUUGCUCAAGCUCUCGCCGAGCUGAAGGGUGUCAGAAAGCAAGCCUCAACUCGCGUUUCGGCAGACCGCUAUGCUGGCAUCCCCACUCCUGUUCCUGGUGCUGGCAGAGCAUCUCCAUCGCCUCUGAUCGCCAACUCUGAUGCUCGCGCCGGUCAACGCGGCACUCCACCACCCUCUUAUGAUCAACCAAUGAGGCGACUAGGUGCACCACAGCCUGCAUUCACUAGCAAGCAGAUGCAGCAGACGACAGCCAGCUACAUGACUCAAAAAAGAGAUAUGUUCAACGCUCCACCACGCAACACACCUUCACAGAUGGGCUCCCGUCCGGCUAGCAGAGGUGGAGACCCCAGAGGUUCGGGUGAGAUGAUGCGCUCGGCCUCACCAGCACCUCUGCGCACAACCAUGGCAAUGCAGUUGGCCCCAGCAGGUGACCAGGGAUAUCCUCCAUCCUCUCGAGGAGCACCUGGCGGACCUCUGAGACCGACCAGCACAUACUAUGGAGCAGAGGGUGCACCGCCACAACAGCAGCAGCAACUGAGUACUCGUGUACGCAGCCAGAGCUCUGCUGGACAGAGACAAUUUACCAAAGAUGGAAGACCGAUUCUCCAGUUCUCUCGUGCAAUGUACAUGUACCAGGCAGCUAUCCCUGAAGAGUUGACAUUCGCCAAGGGAGACAUCUUGGCCGUUCUGAGAUUGCAAGAUGAUGGAUGGUGGGAGGCCGAGGUGGCCGGCAAAGAUGGCCGAAGAGGACUUGUUCCCAGCAACUACUUGGUUGCUGCUUGA